UUAUUAAAUUAAGCAGGAGUAUUUUGGUUUCUUGCAGCUGAUGAGGAGCACCAGCAGAAUGUGGCAGCAGCAGCAGCAGUGGCCAGGCCUCGGCCCCAGGUGGAGGAGCGAGGAGAGGGGAUGCCCCGGCGCCGCAGGAACAUGGGAAACCGGCUGAUGGCCCAGAGGAGAGCCCAGCAGGCUGAGGAGUGGGGGGAAGAGGAAGAGGACGCUGAGGAGGUGCCAGAAUUUCAGGUGUCUGGGAAAAUUGGAGCAAAGAAGCAGAGGAAAUUAGAGGAGAAACAAGCCAGGAAAGCCCAGAGAGAGGCUGAAGAAGCAGAGAGAGAAGAAAGGAGAAGACUCGAGUCCAAACGGGAAGAGGAAAGGAGGAAGGAAGAGGAGAGGAUACGGCUGGAGGAGGAACGCCAGGAAGAGGAAAAAAGGAAGGCAAAGGAAGAAGAGGAGAAAAGAGAGUAUGAAGAGUACCUGAAGCUGAAGGAGAGUUUUGUAGUGGAAGAGGAAGGGGUUGAAGAGGCAAUGACAGAGGAGCAGUCUCGCAGCUUCCUUUUGGAAUUCCUGGAAUAUGUUAAGAAAACAAAGGUCAUCCAGCUGGAGGACUUGGCUUCACAUCUGGGUCUAAGAACACAGGAUGCAAUUAACAGGAUCCAGGACCUGAUGGCAGAUGGCACUUUGACAGGUGUGAUUGAUGACAGAGGGAAGUUCAUCUACAUCACCCCGGAGGAGAUGGCGGCCGUGGCGCAGUUCAUCAAACAGCGAGGCCGAGUCUCCAUCGCCGAGCUGGCCCGGGCCAGCAACUCCCUCAUCAACCUCCAGCCCGACAGCAGAGCUGCUGCUCCAACUGUGGCCUGAGAAAAGCACUGCAGGAGCUUGACCUCUGAAUGAAUAAACCCCCUAAUUGAAAGCAAACAAGAGCCUCUCUGGUCCCGCUCGCGGUGCUCGAAGGUAGGACGGGCUUUUGAAGCGUCGGCUGCAAAGCUGCUCACAAGUUGUGCUUUUCACUCUGUCAGAGCUGGGAUAAAAUAUGACAUCUGAUUGUACAGCAGGGGCUGCCAGCACUCUGAUGGGGCUGUAGCCCAGGAAUAUCAGUAAUUUAUACCUCAGCAGUGAGUCCCCUGUGACUGUACCCAAACUUCAUAUUGUUUGCAGAUUUUGAUGUCUGUGUCAAGUAGAUUCAGGUCUGACUGCACUCAGAAUUCUCGCUCUGCUCUUUAACUUCGUGGCAGUGAGGGACACAGCCCAGGAAGAUAGGUGUGUAGGUUUUAUCUGCUGUAUCCACACUGGAAGGACAGAGUGAAAAGAAAAUACUCUGUGUCUUUGUUCUCACUGCAAUAUAUCCUGAAACUCUGGAAGGAGUGGUUGCUCUGUUGUUAAAACUUCCAGAGGCUGUUUCGGACAACCUUUGCUAUGUAAAUAUGUUUUCCUUUGUUUAAAUAAUACAAAAAGUUUGCUUGCAGACAAGCUGCAUCAUUUUCCUGUAGCCAAGAGACAGAAACCCCUCCAGGGAAAGGCUAAACUGGCCUCAUUUAUUGUGCAGGCCAGUUCUGCUGAUACCAACCAGAUUCUGAUGAUUCAUCCUUUGAAGUCAGAGCCAGCUCAGAGUGUCUGAAGGCCUCAGACACCCCCACCCUGUGGCCUCUGUGUUCUGGAUGUUUGGGGGUUUUUAAAUAAAAGCUUCAGACACUGUGA